AUGGAAAACAGUGAAAAGAUAGACGAGAAGCAAUCACCGUCACAUAUCAAUGUAGACGAAAUUUUUCCAAUGACAUCUCCAUUGAGUCCCCCCGGUGAGAUGGAGGAUACAUUUGAUUUCCGGGCACUCGCUCUGAAACCAAAUGAUAUUUCCCCUCCACUCCUCACAAAAUCGCUCAAUUGUCCAGGGCUCCGGCUAGAGGAUGUGAAAUCCCCCGACACGUUGGCAAUUCUGGCAUGGGACGGCGCCCUCACCUAUGGGGAACUGGACCAACUAUCGGAUCGACUGGCAUCCAUACUGGCACUUCUAGGGAUAGGGCCGGAGUGCUUCGUUCCGAUCUGCAUGGAGAAAUCUCGGUGGACAACGGUGGCCAUCCUCGCUGUGCUCAAGAGCGGCGGCGCCUUCAGUCUGCUAGACCCAUCUCACCCGUUGCCGCGGCUGCAGUCCAUCUGCAGCGAUCUCCAAUGUGCGUUUGUUCUGGCGUCGGAGUCGCAGGCAACGCGCUGUAUGCAGCUGGGUGAUGUUCUCAUUGUCGAGCAACUUUGUCAAGGAUGGAGACUAGGCCAUAGCAGCCAGCCGAUACAGCUUGCACAGCCAACCAAUGCACUCUAUGUCGCUUUUACCUCCGGGUCCACGGGGAAACCCAAGGGAGUCGUGAUCGAGCACCGGGCUUAUUGCACGGGAGCUUGGUUCCAUACACAGGCCUUUCAGAUCGAUCACAAGUCUCGGGUGCUCCAAUUCGCCGCCUACGCCUUUGACGUCAGCAUCAUGGAAACACUGAGCGCGCUGAUGGCUGGAUCAUGUCUCUGCGUGCCGAGCGAGGCUCAGCGCAAUGACAUGGGGUUAUUCGAGGACGCCUUGAAGGCUUCAAGGCCGACCCAUGCAUUCCUCACCCCGUCCUUCGCGCGUACUGUCUCGUGGGCCGCCGUCGAGCUGCGGCCCACCUUAAUACUGGGCGGCGAGGGCAUGCGGGAGUCAGACAAGGCCAUGUAUGCUGCGCUCGGGAUUCACUUGAUGAACGCAUACGGGCCUGCCGAAUGCUCCGUCAAUGCGACAGUGAAUCCGCGCGUCCAACCCGACCACCCUGUGCAGAACAUUGGCAAACCUACCGGCGCGGUGGCAUGGAUCGUCGACCCUGACAACGUGGAGAAACGGAUGGAAGACGAGAUGGUUGGCGAGCUACUGAUUGAGGGUCCCAUAGUGGGGCGUGGGUACUUGAACAAUCACGAGGCGACUAGGAAGUCCUUUAUCAAGCCGCCGACAUGGCUUCAGCGGCUGCGACGGGGAGAGCAUCAACAUCGAGUAUACCGCACGGGGGAUCUCGCGUCGAUGGAUCCGAGCGGGGUUCUACGCAUCGUCGGCCGCCAAGACGGACAGCUCAAGAUCCGAGGACAGCGCGUAGAGGUCGCCGACAUCGAGCAUCACAUCCAUGGCUUGUUUCCCCCCACCACCGAAGUGAUUGUGGAUGGUAUCAUCGCCGCAGAUGGCCAGGAGAAACUUGUGGUGUUCAUCGGGCCCGACCAGCCAUUGACGACGACCAGGGCGACUGGCAGUCCCUUGACUCUGUUCCUAGAGCCUAAUCCCUCGGUCAUCGAACACUUUGAAACUCUCAAGCACCAGCUCCAUGACCACCUUCCUCGGUAUAUGGUUCCCGAUCUGUGGAUUCCCUUGGCCCGGCUGCCCAAAACGGUAUCUGGCAAAGUCGACCGAUAUCUAUUGAUCAAUACAGCAGCGAAAAUAUCGCAGGAAGAUCUGCGGACCUAUAUAUGCUCUACGGCACAGAAGCGGCCGCCUGAUAGCCCCCACGAAUGGACGCUACAGCGGAUCUAUGCCGACAUCUUGGAUGUCGCCCCCGCAUGCAUUGGCAUGGAUGACACUUUCUUGCGCCUUGGUGGCGAUUCUCUGAAGGCCAUUCGUAUGGUGGGGGCCGUGAGAAAGGCAGGACUGGCCCUAUCUGUGCAAGAUAUUCUCUCUCCCAUCAGUCUUGCUGAGCAAGCGCAAAAGGCCACAGCCGUUGCAGCUUCAACAGAAGAGGCCUAUUCGCCACUGAGUCUCGUGCCUCCCAGAGCAGCCACUGAAGUUCUCCGUAUGGCACAGGAGCAAUGUGGUGUUCAGCGGGCGCAGGUUGAGGAUAUAUACCCCUGCACCUCGCUGCAAGAAAGCAUGUUUGCAACUUCCCUUCGCCGCCCGGGAAUGUACACAGGAAGGAUAGCCUGUCGAAUCCCGCCCACGGUAAACAUGGAUGAGUUCAAGGAAGCAUGGGAGCGCACAAUUGAAAACAACGCCAUCCUGCGCACGAGGAUCAUUCAGACGUCGUAUGGAUUUUUCCAAGUCGUUGUACGCGGCACAUAUUUGUGGCGAGAACAUUCGGAACCCAUCCAAAUCCAGGAUCUCACCGACUGGAUAGGAAAGCCAUUGUUCCAGCACAGCUAUCACGAGAAAGAUAGUGAGCUGAUAUUGGCCACUCACCAUGCAGUGUGGGAUGAUUGGACACUGCACCUUGUCCAGCAACAGCUUGAUACAGCAUUUCGGGGUGUUUCGCUGGUCCAACGCGCCUUCCAUCCGUUUAUUCAACAUACGCAGAGUUCUUGCGCCGUGGAGGAGUUCUGGGGCUCCGAGCUGUCCGGGUUGGAGGCCCCGAUUUUUCCUGAGCUCCCAUCUGGCAAUUAUCGGCCUUCGGCUACGCAAUUUUUCCAGCACGAGAUGAGCGUGGCCAAGACGACGGCAUCGUCUCAUACCCUCCCGACUUAUAUUUACCUGGCCUGGGCAUUACUGGUAGCUCACUACACCGAAUCCCCCGACGUGGUAUACGGCGUCACCCUGAGCGGGCGCAAUGCCCCUGUCCCGGACAUUGAAUCUAUCGUCGGCCCGACAAUCACGACAAUUCCGUUACGCAUUCAAUUCCAAACCGCGACCUCGGUAGCGACCACAUUGGAUCAGGUACAGAGCACCUUGACUCGUACAAUUCCAUUUCAACAGGCAGGGUUGCCGCGGAUCGCGAAAAGUAGCCCAGACGCCGCGCGGGGCUGUCAGUUCCAGACCCAGCUCAUCAUUCAGUUACCGGAGCAAGGCAAUAAGAGCGAGAGCGUUUUGGAAAUAGUGCAAGGGUCUACCCAUGUCGGAAUGCAAUACACGUCCUUCACAGAGUAUGCGAUGAUGCUGUCAUGUCGACCUACCGCAGACGGGACCAAGGUGACAAUCGACGCCACCUUCGACCCCGAAGUGAUCUCGUCCAAUGCAGUGCACCGAAUGAUGGCUCAAUUUGAGCACAUCCUGCACCAGGUCAUCCAGCAUCCAGCCCAACAGACGGACGCAGUUGAGAUGAUCUGCCCGGAAGACAUUAGCCAACUCCAACGAUGGAAUUCCACCAUCCCACCGGCAGAUACCAGGUGUUUGCACGAUUUGUUUCUGGCUCGGUGCCUUGAUCAUCCACAGGCCACAGCUGUCUGUGCCUGGGAUGGUGAAUUGACGUAUGCAGAGUUAGCAGAGCUAUCUUCUGCCCUGGCCUAUCGACUCAGGAGUCAAGGCGUGGCCCUGGAUUCCCCGGUAGGUGUCUGUUUGGAACGAAGCAAGUGGAGCGUUGUCGCAAUAUUGGCCGUACUUCGUGCCGGCGCGACGUGCAUUCUCCUAGACUUAAAUCAUCCGCGCCAGAGAAUUCACAAUAUCCUGCAACAGGCCUCGGUCCAGGUGGUUAUCAACAGCCAAACCACCACCACAUUGACCCGUGGAUUCACUUCGAUUGAGGUCUGUCUAACUCCAGAGUCCACAAGCACCCUGUCAAAGGGCCCGUACCUUGCUCAACUCGAAGUCUCACCAGAUACACCCGCCUUUAUCUUGUUCACCUCUGGCAGUACCGGUCGACCUAAGGGGAUCGUCAUGCCACACACCAGCCUGGCGUCCAGUAUCAGGCACCAUAGUUCAGCAAUGAGGGUCGGGCCAGAUUCGCGAGUUUUCCAUUUCUCCUCGUACGCGUUCGAUGUCAGUGUCUAUGAGAUCUUCACCACAUUGGCGGCCGGAGCUACCAUCUGCAUUCCGUCCGAAUUUGAACGCAAAAACGCCCUUGCCCAGGCCAUAUGUCGAUUCCAGGCCAACUGGGCGUUUCUGACCCCGUCCACCGUGCAAUCAUUGCAACCUUCUGAAGUACCAUGUCUGUCGACCUUGGUCCUGGGAGGGGAGGCAGUUAUCCGCGACAACGUCGAGAUCUGGGCGCCUGGUCGUUCACUGAUCAAUGGAUACGGGCCCGCUGAAGCCACGAUCUGUGGCGUUGGAGCCUUACCACCGGUAGGGUGGAAGGUGGGGGUCUUUGGGUCCAUUGUCGGUGGAGUGGGCUGGGUGACUCUACCUAGGGACACAUCAAGGCUAGCUGCCGUCGGCGCCAUUGGAGAGCUGCUGCUAGAAGGGCCGUUUCUGGCCGCAGGCUACUUCAACCACCCGGAAAUCACGGCAGCUUCGUUUAUUGACUGCCCCGAAUGGCGACGCCGAAUGCCCUUGGCUCUUACCUCUCGCCUCUACCGGACCGGAGAUCUCGUGCAGUAUCAGCAUGACGGGACUAUUCGAUACAUCGGCCGUCGGGAUACCCGCAUCAAGCUACGCGGGCAAUUGGUUGACCUGGGCGAGAUAGAAAGCAUCACCGUCCGUGAGUUCCCUGAGGCCAGGGAGGCAGCUGCUGAGGUCCUCCCAUUGGACAUUGGCGGGAGCACGGUGCCAACCCUGGUCGCUUAUAUCAAACUUCAUUCCACUCUUUCUCAAGAGGCCGAGGACAAUGGGAUUUUGGACCCAGUCGGCGAAACAUUCAGACAGUGUACUUCGGAGUGCCAAAUGAAUCUCCGAGCGCUGCUACCAUCAUACAUGGUCCCGUCCAUCUUCCUGCCCGUCCGGGCGAUGCCGCGGACCGUGACGGGAAAAUUGGACCGUCAAGCCCUGCGGUCAGCCAUUCAGUCGCUCACACGUGAGCAGCUCCAGCAUUAUCGAGCACCACCGCAGCCAAAGAUCACAGUCUCCAGCGAUGCCGAACGGCAGCUCCAAAGAAUGUGGGCUGAGCUUCUGAACACGACGACGGAAGACAUUGGGGCAGAAGACCAGUUUCUGACCACAGGCGGCGAUUCGGUCAUCGCCAUGCGAAUGGUGGCCAUGGCUCGACGUGCCGGGUUUGGUUUUACAGUGGCGGACGCGCUGAGCCCGAAAAGCUCGCUGGCAUCUCUCGCACGCAACUUCCAGGAGCUCGGCUCCGUUGAAGACGUGCCUCCACCUGCAGUUCAGCAGACCUCCAUCCUGGAUUCAGUAGACUUCCAGCAGCAUCUUGCCCAGCAGCAGCAGAAGGGGACACUUUCUUUCCCGACAGACAAGCUAGCCAGUGCGUGGGAAGCUACGGAAGCGCAAUCGUUCCUUGUCCACCGCUAUCCAUGGUCCCAUUUCCAAUUUCCCUUCGUAGGCAAGAUCGAUGAAAGCCGGCUGAGGAACGCAUGCCGUGCUCUUGUACGGACUCACAGUGUAUUGCGGGCCGCCUUCGUUGAGUAUGGCAAGACUCUGUUCCAUAUGACUCUCGAGGAAGACUUUGACCUCCCCCUGCGCGUGAUGAUAACGACAGAACAACCGUUGGAAGCCUUUUGCCAAUCUCUCUGUCAAUCAGACCAGGCUACUGUUUCCGUCUUCGCGAGCAUCCCAACCUGCUUUACUCUGGUUUCCGAACCCAACCGCGCACGACACCGACUGGUCCUCCGCCUUUCCCACGCCCAGUAUGAUGCCACCUCGAUCAAUAUCCUAGCCCGUGAUCUGGAAGCACUCUACAAUGGCCAACAGAGCAUCACCCCCUCCUCCUUCGACUCCUACUUCCAACAACGCACCCACCACGCAGAGCAGGCCCACCACCGCGCCCUCUGGCAGACAUAUCUGGCAGGCUCUUCCCUAGCUCCCCUGACCCCAGGUCGCACAUCACGCCCCCAACUCCACCCUAUCACAGGGUCCCACGCCGUAACCCUCCCAGCGCCCCUGCUCCCACGCAAUAUCCCCCUCCCAACCAUCGUCAAGGCAGCCGCCUGUCUCCUCCUUGCCCGUCGACUCCACCAACCUCAACCGGACAUCACAGUCGGGCAGACCGUCGCAGGGCGCAGCCUCCCCAUCCCCUUCAUCGACGGCCUCGUCGGCUGCUGUACAAACUACAUCCCGUUCCGGGUGCUCCCGCGCGCCUCCAUGAGCGGCCGCACGUACCUCGAGCACGCGCAGGCCCAGCACGUUUCCAGCCUGCAGGCUGAGUGCGUCGGUCUUCGCACCAUCGUCGACACCGCCACUGACUGGUCUCCCUCAGCGAGCUUCCCGUACAUCCUCCAGCAUCAGACGGCGAACCAUGGCCUGACGCUGACGCUGGAUGGGGUUCAGUCUGGCGUCCUCAGUUCGGUGGGAUCGCUCACGCCCGGUCCGGAGGUGUGGAUCUGCUCGACUGAGACACCGAGCGGGGUGAGGAUUGAUGUGCACUGCUGUGGGCAGGUUAUGGAUCUUGACGGGGCGACGCGCUUGGCGGGCGAGAUUUGCGAGGUGAUCAGUGGGCUCGUGAGUAAGCCGGACGUGGCUUUGAGUGAGAUUGGCGGGAUGGCAUUUUAG